AUGUCAAAUAACUUAAGAGCUGAAAUUAGAAGAACUUGCCAAAAUGAAAGAAACAUAGCUAGGCGAGAAGAAAUUAAUCGUCGCCAAAACGAAAGAAAUGCGACUAGGCGAGAAGAACUUAAUCGUCGCUUAAAUGAAAGAAAUGCGACUAGGCAAGAAGAACUUAAUCGUCGCCAAAAUGAAAGAAAUGCGACUAGGCGAGAAGAACUUAAUCAUCGCCAAAAUGAAAGAAAUGCGACUAGGCGAGAAGAACUUAAUCAUCGCCAAAAUGAAAGAAAUGCGACUAGGCGAGAAGAACUUAAUCGUCGCCAAAAUGAAAGAAAUGAAGCUAGGCGUGCAUUACUUAAGUGUGGAAUGCAUUGCAUAGCAAGAAAUAAUAAUAUUAUAGAGAGAAGUUACCUUAGAGAAAUGAACCAUAUUUGUCAAUAUUGUGGUGCUAAAAGGUUUUUAAAUGAAACACAUUUUUUGUGCUGCCAUUCAGGAAAAGUUGUGUUAGCUCCUCUUUCACCUUAUCCACCACUAAUGAUGGAUUUAAUGAAAGCUGGAAUAGCUCCUCCCUCGAAUCAUGGCCCACCAUGUUUUAGGAUUUGUGGACAAAUUAUGCACCGUAUUGGUAAUCUGAGACCUGAUCAAAAUGUUUCACCAUCUUAUUGUCAGUUAUAUGUUUAUGAUCCCAAUACUGCCUUAAAUUUUCGAAUGGAGCAAAAUGAUUGUUGCAUACGGGAGUUAAUGGAACUUUUACAGACUAUAAUUAGUCAACAGAAUCCAUAUGCUCUUGCUUUUAAAAAUAUGGCACAAGUUGAAGAUGAAGAAAUGCGUCAAGCAGCUUUAGUAGGUCGCCCAACUUCAGUUGUCAAAAUGUCAUUGCUUGAAGGUCGCGAUAGGCGUCGAUACAAUCUACCUUCACACGAUGAAGUUCCCAUUGUGUUUGUAGGAGACGAUGGUGCUCCACCUCCAUCUAGAGAAGUUGUUAUACACCCUCGAGGUCAGGCCUUGAAAAAAAUAUCAAGUAUGUCUGCUAAUCUAGAUCCAAUAAUAUAUCCAAUUUUUUUUCCAAGAGGCGAUGCAGGAUGGCAUGAUCAACUAGAGCACAAUCCAGACAGAGCAACACGUGUUAGAAAUCAUGUUACUUUGUCUCAGUACUACAAUUAUAGGCUAUCUAUUAUGUUAGAAACAGCAGAGGAUAUUGAUAGUUUAAUAUCAGCUGAAAUUCCAGAUCAAACUGUUGAUCCUAAACUUUUUGAAAUUGUAAAAACAUGUAUGAUUCAUGGACCAUGCGGAAUUUUAAAUCCCAAUUCAUCGUGCAUGAAGGAUGGGGUUUGCACAAAAGGUUUUCCUAAAGAUUUCAAUCUUUAUACUGUUGCAACUUGCAAUGGCUAUCCACACUAUAGGCGUUUAGAUAAUGGUAGAGUAGUUGUUAUAAAAGGUAACCAAGUUGAUAAUCAUUGGGUUGUACCCUAUAACCCCUGGUUAUCGAAAAAAUACCAAGCCCACAUUAAUGUUGAGGCUUGCAUGUCCAUUAAGUCAGUUAAGUAUUUAUACAAAUAUAUAUAUAAGGGGCAUGAUUGUGCUAAUGUGGUAAUUAAUCAAAGUGUUCACCAUGAUGAAGUUAACACAUAUUUAGACUGUCGCUUUGUUUCUGCACCAGAGGCUCUUUGGCGAAUAUAUGAGUAUUCCAUAAGUGAUAUGUCACAUACCAUUAUUCGCCUUCAAGUGCACCUUCCUGAUAAUCAGAUAGUAUAUUUUAACGAGGGAGAAGAACAAGUAGCUAUUAAUCGUGCAGCACAGCGUGACACUCACCUAACUGCUUGGUUUAAAUUAAAUGCUGAAAAUUUUGAAGCACGUCGCUAUUCUUAUAUUGAAAUUCCACAUCACUUUGUGGUUGAUGGCAAAAAUUGCAAGUGGAAAGUAAGACAAAGAGGUAGUGAUAUGGUGAUAGUGCGAAUGUAUAAAGUCAAUCUAUCCAGUGAAGUAUUUUUUCUUAAAUUGUUGCUUUUGCAUGUAAAAGGUGCAUUAUCUUACGAGAAUUUGCGCACUGUGAAUGGUACUGUUUUUAAUACAUUUCGUGAAGCGUGUUAUCAGUUAGGUCUGUUGCAAGAUGACAUUAAAUGGAGAAAUACAUUAACUGAGGCUGUUGCAACUGGAUUGCCUAAACAAAUUAGGCAACUGUUUUCCAUCCUAUCAACAUUAUGUCAACCUGAUGAUCCUUUACACCUAUGGAAUACCUUUAAAGAUUAUAUGGUGGAGGAUGACAUACACCGUUCAAUGCCAAUCCUACUUGCUGAACAAGUAGCACUUUGUCAAAUUGAAUCUAUAAUUAAUCAGAGUGGUAAAACUUUAGCUGAUUAUAAUUUGCCUACUUUAGAUCAGUUUUUAGAUUCUAUCCCAGAAAAUGACGAUGAAGAUGUACAGGUAUUUAUUGAUGAAGCAAAUCGAGUUAGACCAUUAUUAAAUGAUAAUCAGCGUAAUGUAGCUGAUGCAAUUCUUGCUGCACUUAAUGAAGAACCUAAUAAUGAAAAUAAGCAUUCAAGAUUGUUUUUUAUGGAUGGGCCUGCUGGUUGUGGGAAAACAUUUACUUACAAUUAUUUAAUCACUGAAACACGCAUCAGACAUAUUAGAACUGCAACAGCUGCAUGGACAAGAAUAGCUGCAACUCUUCUUAAAAAUGGAUGCACACUGCAUGGCUUAUUCAAACUUCCUGUGCCAAUUUUGGAAAAUAGCACAUGUAAUGUAACUCCAAAUUCUAUUCAUGGUGAAUUCCUUAGACAAGUAAGUUUAUUUUUACUUGAUGAAGCAUCUAUGAUUCCUAAACAUGCUUUAAGUGCCAUUGAUAAGUUAUUACAAGAUAUUUGUAAUAAUAACUUUCCUUUUGGUGGUAAAGUUAUUCUUAUGGAUGAAGACUUUAGACAAAUACUUCCAGUUGUGAAAAGAGGUCGACCAGCUGAAGUUGUAGAAUCAUGUUUAAAAUGUUCUGAACAUUGGCAGUAUGUGCAAAGGUUUUCAUUAACUGAAAAUAUGAGGGUUCAGAUAGGAGAAGAGGAAUUUUCUCAAUGGCUUCUAAAGCUUGGAAGUGGAACUUUACCUGUCAAGCCUGAAGAUCCUUUGCGAGGGUGUAUUAAAAUAUCUGGGCAGUGCUUUGUAAACGAUAAUGAAUUUAUUGUGGAAAAGAUUUUUGGUGGCACAGAGGAAGCUGAUUAUGCUAAUUGUGCUAUUUUAACACCAACAAAUGUUGAUUCAUUGGCAAUAAAUGAAGAAGUCGUUGAUCGUUUACCUGUCGAGUUUUUAAAUAGUUUGACUCCAUCAGGUAUGCCUGUUCAUUGCCUAAAAAUAAAUAUUGGUGCUGUUGUAAUGCUACUUAGAAAUUUAGAUCUUAAAGGCGGACUUUGUAAUGGAACACGUUUGAUGGUACGUGCACUGCACAACAAUUAUUUUGAUGGACAGGUUCUAACAGGGGUAGCAGCUGGUAACAGGAUCUUAGUUCCUCGAAUUCAAUUAGCUCUAUCGGAUUCAAAUUUACCCUUUAUACUCAAACGUCGUAAGUUUCCAGUUAGGUUAGCAUACUCAAUGACCAUAAACAAAAGUUAA